ACAAAGUCAUUGAAUGAAUAGUGCUGUUUUGGCAUUUUAUUCACAAAAGUCUAAAGCUUGAUUCCCCUUUGUUUUCUUCCUUAUAUGCACGAAAUUUCUACCCAAAUAAACCCAAAGAAGAUCAGCUCAAAAUCAGGAGAAGCAUCAUGGAAGAUCAACUCACAUGGAUGGGCAUUAAGCAUUGAUUUGUAGGAAAGAAGAGUCUAAUUUUAUACAUUAGUAGUGAUUAUUAAUGUGUAAAAGAAGAUAAAAGCCCCAAGUUAAGAUAAGAGUGUGUCAUAUCUCUUAACACCAACUUGGGAGGAUUUUUUUUUUGUAAGAACUCCAGAAGCUGAAGUGAGGAAGUAAAUGAAUAGGAAGGACAGAGCAAGAGAGAGACGAGAGAAGAGACGCCAAGAGAUUUGUUUUCUCCGCUCCAUUCCCUACUCAGAUCACCAAAGAUGGUGGACAUCAGACACGAUUGCGGUUGUGACUGGUGGAAAUAGAGGGAUCGGAUUUGAGAUCGCGCGCCAGCUUGGGACCCAUGGGUUGACAGUCAUUCUAACUUCACGGGACACAACUUUAGGUUUAGAAGCAGCAAGAUUCUUACGAGAUGGGGGCUUGAAAGUGGAGUUCCAUCAACUUGAUAUUGUUGAUCCUUCAUCAAUAGAUGUAUUUUGUACCUGGCUAAAAGAACAUUAUGGUGGUUUAGAUAUACUGAUAAACAAUGCUGGAGUCAAUUUCAAUGUCGGCUCAGAAAACUCGGUGGAACAUGCUGAAACCGUUAUCAAGACAAACUAUUAUGGCACAAAAAAUAUUAUCAAAGCUGCAAUUCCAUUAGUGAGGCUUUCAGCUUCUUGUGGCAGUCAAAUUGUUAACGUGAGCUCAAGGUUAGGAAGGCUGAAUGGGAGGCGAAAUAGAAUUGGAAAUGUGGAAUUGAGAAGCAAACUGGAGAACAUAGAAACUCUCUCAGAGGAAUUGAUUGAUCAUACUCUGAACACAUUUUUGGAGCAAGUAAAGGACGGGACAUGGGAAUUGCGUGGAUGGCCUCAGGUUUUCACCGACUACUCAAUGUCAAAACUUGGAGUGAAUGCUCUCACAAGGCUAAUGACGCGGGAGCUCGAACAUUCUUCCAGUGGUCAACAGAAGAUAUGUAUGAAUUGCUGUUGUCCGGGCUGGGUGAAGACAGGCAUGACUGGCUGGGAGGGAAACAUUCUUCCGGAAGAAGCAGCUGAUACUGCAGUGUGGUUGGCCUUGCAUCCCGACCUCUCCUCUGUGAGUGGUAAGUUUUUUGCAGAGAGAAGAGAGAUUGGUUUCUAAGGCCAAUUGGAGUAUUACUCGAAGUUAUUACUUAUUAGCAGAGUCACGGUUCCCUUGCCACUGCAUUACGGUGCCACUGGAAUUUUAUAGUAAACUCCCUGGCCCGAACUCACCCCAACCCUUCAAAGUUUAGUUGGCUUUGGGGUCAAAUUUGACUCCAAAGUCAACUAAACAUGGGGGGUCCAAUUUACGUGGAGUGCAGGUUUAUGUCGGGCCGGGGUGGGGGAUUUUCCCGAAAAAUUUGAGGGUAAGAAGCAUCAUUUUUACGAAUGGAGCACCGAAGUGUACAGUGGCACGAGAACCUCUCCCUUUUUAUUACUAUUAUUAGUACUCCGUAUAACAGUAUGUAAAGGGAAAAAACAUAUUGCCGUUUC